UUUUCAUGAAGGACGCUCAUUAACGUGUUCCAAUAAUGGGUGGGUGCCAAUGUAAGCCAUGCUGCAAACACAAGAAAUCGCACUACACUGGAGGCUCAAUUUUGGAUCGAGUAAUUAGCCAAAGCUCCAAUCAAGACCAGUGUUUGUUAUACCGAUUGGCCAACUACAAGAAGGGAGGUGAAUUAAUUGAUGCCUACAAUGCAGGCGGGCAGAUUGAGUGCGAGAAGCUGAUCCGCGACCAAUUCGCGCAACUGAUGUAUCAGGAUGGCAAAGGGAAGAUUAUCAACCGAUCUGAGUAUCUAAGAUGGAAAUUCAGGGAUCAUGAGCAUGUGAUUCUCCCAAUCGAAGCGUCACUAAGCCGUUACGACCCAUUAGGCAAAUGGACCGACCAUGAAGCCUGCUGGCAAAUGCAGUACAGAGGCUCUCUAGGCGAAUCCCUGCUCCAUCUGCUCAUUAUUUGCGACAGCAAAAUCCACACCAGACUGGCAAGAACGUUAAUUAAAUGCUUCCCGAAACUGGCGCUUGAUGUUGUCGAGGGAGAAGAGUACUUAGGGGCUAGUGCUCUUCACCUAGCUAUAGCCUACAGCAACAACGAACUAGUCCAGGACCUAGUUGAGGCUGGAGCUAACGUGAACCAACGAGCUAUCGGUAGUUUUUUUCUGCCGAGAGAUCAGCAAAAACAGCGACCAGCUAAGCAUACAGACUACGAAGGUUUGGCUUAUUUGGGCGAGUAUCCACUGGCUUGGGCGGCGUGUUGUGCCAACGAAAGCGUCUACAAUCUGCUUCUGGACAGCGGCGCUCAUCCAGAUUUGCAGGACAAUUUCGGCAACAUGAUCCUUCAUAUGGUGGUCGUUUGCGAUAAAUUGGAUAUGUUUGGCUACGCGCUUCGACAUCCCAAACUGCCGGCUAGUAAUGGGAUUAUUAACAAAGCUGGAUUGACUCCACUCACUUUGGCCUGCAAACUAGGUCGUGCGGAAGUGUUCAGGGAGAUGUUGGAACUGUCCUGCAAAGAGUUUUGGAGAUACAGCAACAUUACAUGUUCGGCGUAUACUCUGAACGCUUUGGACACUUUGCUGCCUGAUGGUCGCACCAAUUGGAACUCUGCCCUGUUCAUUAUCCUCAAUGGCACCAAGGAGGCGCAUCUCGAUAUGUUGGAUGGAGGCAUCAUUCAAAGACUGCUGGAGGAAAAAUGGAAAGCCUUUGCUCGGAACCAGUUCCUCAAACGCUUAAUUAUCCUGAUAGUUCAUCUAGCUUUUAUGUCACUGGCUGUGUAUAUGAGGCCUGAUGAUCCGGACGAACCGUUACUGGAAUGGUCCGACGAUCCUACAGUUAUCAUUCGGUAUCGUCGGCUUUUCCAAGAGAAUCCAGAGGUUUUACUGGGGUUUUGUAGAUUUACUGCUGAAAUUGGGACGCUACUAAAUGUGCUCAGUUACGUUGUUGUACAGCAGGGAGACGAAAUAAGGAACCAAGGAUUUCUCUCUUUUUUGAAACAACAAACAAAUUCCCCGCCAAAGUGCAUUUUCUUAGUGUCCAACUUGAUGAUUCUGGCAUGCAUCCCUUGUAGACUGGCCGGAAACCGAGGGUUGGAAGAAACAAUUUUGAUCUUUGCUGUGCCCGGAUCCUGGUUUUUGCUCAUGUUUUUUGCCGGUGCUGUUCGCUUAACCGGACCAUUCGUCACAAUGAUCUACAGCAUGAUCACCGGGGACAUGCUAACUUUUGGAAUAAUCUACACAAUUUUCCUUUUCGGUUUUUCCCAGUCGCUUUUCUUCUUGUACAAGGGAAAUCCCAGCGUUAAUGGCACGUUGUAUCACAGCUACAGCUCCACUUGGAUGGCACUGUUUCAAGUCACAAUGGGAAAUUACGAUUACUCUGAACUGGCGCUAACAACAUAUCCAGGUGUGGCCAAGUCCGUAUUCGGUCUUUUCAUGGUAUUCGUCCCAAUAUUGCUCUUCAACAUGUUGAUUGCCAUGAUGGGAAACACUUACGCUCAUGUUACCGAACAGAGUGAAAAGGAAUGGGUAAAACAAUGGGCGAAAAUCGUAAUUUCCUUGGAAAGGGCCAUCCCACAAAAGGAGGCUCAUAAUUACCUACAGGAAUAUAGCAUAUCCUUGGGACCAGCUGAAGAUCCAGCAACCGAACAACGAGGAGUGAUGGUGAUAAAAUCGAAAAACAAAACUAGAGCCAAACAACGAAAGGGAGCAGUCAGCAAUUGGAAGAGAGUGGGAAAAGUUACAAUAAAAGCGCUAAAGAAAAAAGGGAUGACUGGGGAAGAGAUGCGCUGCCUAAUGUGGGGGCGAGAGUCAAUUAACACGCCGGUAAAAGUAAAAGGGCCUAAAAGAGACCCUUUGGCAAACCCCCAAGGCCCAGACUUGGCCAAUGGCUUCGGGGAUGCUCUAACUUCUGCUCUGGAUGUAAUGGCGUUUACCCACGAUUUGGACAUUAAUGCUCAAGGCCUAAAUUUAGCAAAACAAACUCUAAAUCCUAAGGUAGCAACGACUGAAAUGCCACUCUUACCCGCUCAAGGCAACGCCCGUUUUCAACCCGCUCCUUCAGACGUUUCAAUGUUGGGCACUUUGGGGCAAUUGUCCGCCUCACAAGCUGUUAGAGACCCUCCUCGAAGCCCUAAACCGAACCAAGCUGGACCUAACAUGAUUCAACAGGUUUUACCAGUUUUUCUUAACAUUCACUUGCUUUAACGACUGUUUUUCAGCCUUUUACGGACCCUCUAAGAACUCUGGUUUUGGAGUCUCUAGUGGAGACCAAUUCAGCCAGAUUGAGCGUUUUGGCUGCACAAGCAGCCAAUUUGCCUGAUACUGCCGAGAUCGUCUCAUGCCCAAAUACGGCCACCACUUCCGUGAAGAACCUCGCAGGAAUUUUUGCAGGGACUGGCAAUUUUGUGAAGAAAAUUGAGGAGAAAGUGAAGAAGAAAAAAUAUGCCGUUUUGGAAUGCAGCGAUAGCGAGAGCUUCGGAGGCAAGUGCCACGGCAUUUCAACGCAUUUCCAGUCAAAGACUUUGAAAUAUUGCAGAAGUGCUGCUGGGGACAAUAUCACGGGUGAAGAGGGCCAGACUGAUACAUAUGCGACAUUCUGCAAACAGGAAAAGGAAUUUAGAUAAAAAGAAACUCAUCGUCUCAAGUGAGUCUAGUUCAGUGGAAGCCUCUCCACGUGAAGAUCCUGGUCAAACGCCAAGGCAAAAAAAUUUAGAUUACGCAGAGGAUCGAAUGCGGAGCGUCAAGGAUGAACUGAAAAACAACCCUGGCAAAGUGAGGCCCAUUAACAUCGACGUGGCAAUGAAGGACGAAAACGAUAUUAUUUCUACUAGUUUAGCUGAAGAUGUUCUACAUGUGAAGGAUAACGGCGAUGGCCAACUCGUACAGUCACAAAACCAGAAGCCCAAAAGGAAGAAAAAACGAUCGAAAACUGGGAAAACC